AUGAAUAUAGAAGUUGAGAAAGUUGUUCUAGAUAAGGCUCCUCAUAAUGCUCAGUAUAUUGCCCAUGACAUACAAAAACAGAUUUUGCAUAUUUUUGCUACCAAGGUGAAGAAGAAAAUUUGUGAAGAACUUGGGAAGAACUAUUAUUGCAUUCUAGUUGAUGAGUCACUUGAUGAAUCCAGUAAGGAACAAAUGGCUAUAAUUCUAAGAUUUGUUGAUUGUGAUGGAUUUAUUCGUGAAUGCUUUUUCGAUAUUGUGAGUGUUGUAGACACUAAUGUCUUGACUCUUAAAAAAGAGAUAUGCAAAGUGCUUGAUAAUAAUGACAUUCUAGUGGAAAACAUGCGUGGCCAAGGGUAUGAUGGUGCUAGUAAUAUGCGUGGUUCAUGGAAUGGAUUACAAGCAUUGUUUCUUCAAGAUUGUCCAUAUGUGAAUUAUGUGCAUUGCUUUGCUCAUCGCUUGCAAUUAGUAUUAAAUGGCGCGGCUAAAGAUGUGAAAGUUGUAUGGAGAUUUUUUUCAAUGUUGACUAACAUUGUGAAUUUUGUUAGUGCUUCUGCUAAGCGCCGUAAUGAGUUAAAUUUAAUUCAAAAAGCUGAACUCAAAGAGUUGUUGGAUUCUUGGGAACUUGAGACAGGUAGAGGACUUAAUCAAACUCGUAGUUUGGAACGAGUUGGAGCCACUAGUUGGGGCUCUCACUAUUCCUCUAUUACAAGUUUGAUGAGUUUAUUUAAAGAGACUAAGUUACUUCUUCAGGAAAUCAGUGAUUUUGGACCUAACCAACAAUUUCGUGGAGAUGCAGAAAGUAACUAUAUUGCUAUGAUGUCUUUUGAAUUGCAUGUUGAGGGAGUUAAUGACAGAUUUCCAGAGCAAACAAUUGAACUUCUUAUUCUUAGCUCAGUAUUGGAUCUUCGUAAUUCCUUCAAGUCAUUCAAUAUUGAGCAUCUAUGUAAACUUGCUGAGAAAUUCUAUCCUGCUGAUUUCAUUCCAAGUGACUUGAAAGCUUUAGAAAUUGAGUUGAGGUAUUUUCAAAAUGAUAUGCUUCGCCUUCCAUGCUUUAACGGAAUCACCACUCUUCCUCAGUUCUGUCAACAAUUGGUGGAAACAACUUUGGUAGAAAACUACCAUUUGCUUUACAGGUUGAUUCGAUUGGUGUUGACUCUUCCUGUCUCUACAGCAACAACAAAACGAGCUUUUUCAUGUAUGAGAAUUAUUAAGAAUAGACUUCGGAGCACCAUAGCUGAUGAAUUCCUUGCUGACUGCAUGAUCCUCCACAUUGAAAGAGAGUUUGCUAAUAGUAUCGAUAAUGCAGAGAUAAUUUAG